AUGGCGCUCACCACAAGCACUAAUAAUAACCAAGCCUUGCUUGACGCUCAGCUAGAGCUCUGGCACACUACCUUUGCUUACAUGAAGUCCAUGGCGCUCAAGUCUGCAUUGGACCUUGGCAUCGCCGACGCCAUCCACAGCCACGGUGGCAACGCCACCCUGGCCCAGAUAGGGUCCAGGGCCACGCCCACGCUCCACCCGUCCAAGAUCCCCUGCUUGCGUCGCCUCAUGCGAGUACUCACGGCCACCGGCAUCUUCAGCGCCGCCCACCACGACGACGCUGGCGGCAGCGAGCUCGUCUACGGGCUCACGCCGGCGUCUCAGCUCUUGGUUGGCGGCUCUUCAAGCUUGACUCCCUUCGUGUCCCUGGUGUUGCAUGGGAUCAUCGUGUCCCCUUUCCUUGGCCUCGGCACGUGGUUCCAGCAAGAGCACUCAGAUCCGUCCCUGUUUGAGAUGACGCAUGGGCAGACUGCGUGGGACUUGAACCACCACAACCCUGCCUUCGGCCAGCUCUUCAACCAGGGGAUGCGUGCUGGAUCUCCCGCAUGUCACCGCCUAAUGCUCCCGCUUAGCACCAGUGUGAAGUAUAUUGCUGGUGACAUGUUUGAGAACAUUCCACCGGCAGACGCCGUCUUCCUUAAGUGGGUUUUGCAUGACUGGGGCGAUGCUGAUUGUAUCAAGAUACUAAAGAAUUGUAAGAAAGCUAUACCUCCCAGGGAUGCAGGAGGAAAGGUGAUAAUCCUAGAUAUGGUUAUUGGGGGCCAAUCGUCAAACAUUAAGCACAAAGAGACCCAGGUCUUGUUUGAUCUCUACAUCAUGUUUAUCAACGGCGUCGAGCGAGACGAGCAAGAGUGGAAGAAGAUCAUUUUUGAAGCUGGAUUUAGUGAUUACAAAAUCAUACCCGUUCUUGGUGUUCGGUCCAUCAUUGAGGUCUACCCAUAA